AUGUGUGUGUGUGUUUGUUUUUGGGGGGGGCGACCUGAGGUUCGCAAGGAAGCCACAAGUUGCUUCGGUCGGCUGAGGGAGAGUUCGUUUGAAGUGGUUCAGUUGGGGCCUUCGGAUGAUCGAGCCCCUUACAGACUGCCCCAGCCGCAAGCUUCCCUUUUUAGCCGCGGUUUCCAAGGAAAGCUUCCGCUCUGCGCUAUAAGGAUCACGGAUGCCUGGGCUGUGGAGCGGUGGACGCAUCUCAUCAAGAUCGAGCCGACCAAAGCUGCGACGUUAGAGGAGGGAGCUCUGAUCCUCUCGCAGUGGGGCUACCCUACUGCUGACGUCAGCGGCAUGCGCCUUGCCUUGGAGAAGCUUGCGCAACGCGCCCAGGAGUUGGGUGCGCGGCACAGCUCCACCGGACUUCCUUCCGAGGACGAGGCCAAAGCGAUCAUCGCGGCGCUGAAUACCGCACUGUUUGCAGAGUAUGGCCUUCAGGGCAAUGCGGAGAACUAUUACGAUCCAGAGAACUCCAUGCUACAUGCGGUGCUGGCAAGGAAGAAGGGCAUUCCCAUUUCGCUGUCCGUAGUUUGGGCUGCCGUGGCGCGCCGCUGCGGCCUUGAGUGCCAUCCCCUUGCGGACAUGCCCCGGCACGUGCUGAUCCGAGUCCCACUCCGGGCCUCCGAUUCGGCUGAGUCUGCAGGACCUGCAGUGAUGCGCGAUUUGUACAUUGACGCCUUCGACGGCGGGAAGAUGCUCGUUUGGCGCGAACUGGUCAGAUUCCUUGGCGCCAUGCUGGGUGCCA